AUGGCGCCUUGGGCGUUUGUGAGCGACGCUUUGCAUCCACGUCGGCCGGAGGAGGCUCCCGGGCAAGCCACGCGCAUGGAGUGGGAAGGCGCCGUCAGGAAGAUGAACCAGCAGUGCAAGGUGUGCGGCGAGCCCGCCGCGGGGUUCCACUUCGGCGCCUUCACCUGCGAGGGCUGCAAGUCGUUCUUCGGCCGCUCCUACAACAACCUGAGCUCCAUCUCCGAGUGCAAGAACAACGGCGAGUGCGUGAUCAACAAGAAGAACCGCACCUCGUGCAAGGCCUGCCGCCUGCGCAAGUGCCUGCUGGUGGGCAUGUCCAAGAGCGGCUCUCGCUACGGACGCCGCUCCAACUGGUUCAAGAUCCACUGCCUCCUGCAGGAGCAGCAGCAGCAACAGCAGCAGGCGGCCGCCGCCGCGCAACAGCAGCAAGCCGCCCACGCGCAGCAGGGCGGUCGCCAGAAGACGCCUCCGCCGCCGCCGCACUCGCUGGGGCUGCUAGGCGCGCAGUUCGACCCGCGGCUGCACCACACGCUGGCCGCCAUGCAGCACCACUCGCUGGCGCGGGCCACCACCAAGGAGGAGCUCAUGCUGCUGGGCUUGGACGAGUACAAGCACUCGAGCUCACCCUCCGUCAGCUCGCCCGAGUCGCACAACUCGGACUCGUCGGUGGAAGUGAGCGACGCGCGGCUGGGCGGGCGCGGCGGCGUGGGCGGCAGCGUGGGCGGCGGCGUGGGCGGCGGCGGGGCGUUCAAAAGCCCCGGGGGCGGAGUGGACGGGCACGGCGUGCCCGCGGGCCCGCACCACCACCUGCCCAUGCCGCUGCCCUUCCCGUCGCUGGCCACGCUGGGCCACGCCGUCUUCCCGCACUCGUUCCUGCCGUCGUUCGCCGCGCAGCCCGGCGCGCCCGGCGCCCUGCUCUUCCCGCCAGGCGCGCCCUACCUGUACACCAUCAACAACAAUCACGAGGUGGCGGACAUGUACAGCAAGCGCUUCUUCCUGGAUGCCGUGCUGCAGUCGCAGCGCGGCUCGCCCGUGGGCAGCGCGAGCAGCGUGGGCGGCGCGGACCGUGGCAGCGUGUGCGGCGGCGGCGGCGGCGGGGGCGGCGGCGGCGACGACUCCAGCGACGACGACUCGCGCGGACCCCGCUCUCCGCGGCCCGGCCUCACGCUCGCGCUCGCAGCCGACCUCCAGUAUUUAUGUUGUGCGAUUUCCAGUGCAUUAAAACAAAAUAAAUGGAAACAAAAUGUAAACAAAAAAUGUGGUUUUAGACAAAAGAUGAUGUUCCGCGCGUAG